CACGUGGUCAUCAAGCUCACAUCUCUCCCAAGGCCCAAUCCCAAAAAACCCCCUCACUCACUCACACACCUACUGUAACUUACUCUCCCACGCUAAAAAAAAACAAAAAGAGAGUCCAAAAUGGCAACUACCACGACGCCGUUCGAGUCCUUCUUCCACCAAUGGCUGGACCGUCAGGAAACCCUCCUGUCCCAACUCCUCGAUGCGCUCUCCCCGGAAAAACCGGAGGAAGGGGACCACCAACUCGCGGCCCUGAUCGAGCAGUCCUUGUCCCACUACAGGCUCUACUACCGGGAGAAAUCCGCCGCCGCCAGCCGCGACGGCCCCUGCCUCUUCCUCUCCCCGCCCUGGCUCUCCUCCUUCGAGCGCAGCCUCCUCUGGCUCGGCGAGUUCCGCCCCUCCACCGUCUUCACCCUCCUCCGCCGCGUCGUCCCGGACCUCACCCCGGACCAGAUCCGCGCCGUCGAGGCGGUCCGGGCCGAGACCAGGAGGGAGGAGAGGAUGCUGACCGAGGCAAUGGCGGCGAUCCAGGAGAGCAUCGCGUCGCCGGCGAUGCUGGGGCUGGUGCGACGGACCGCCAGCCAGAUCGACGGGGAGAGGCCGCAGGUGGACGAGGCGGUGGAUUCGCUCAAGUCGGCGAUGCUGUCGGUCAUGCUCAUCGCCGACUCUCUCCGCGGGGUGACUGUGGCGGGGAUGGUGGAGGCGCUGAGCCCGGUGCAGACGGCUGCCUUUUUGGUUGCGGCGGCGGAGUUUCAGUUGAGUGUGAGGAGGUGGGGCCGGGAGAGGGAUGAACAAAGAGUUGCUCGUUAAGGAAUGUAUUGAUAAAAAAACUAUUAUUUAUCUAUCAAAUGAAAUAAUAAAAAAUUGUCUCUAUGGGUUUCAGGAUGAUUUUUGUGCUCGACUCCGGAGGUCGGCAUUAUGUAACUUGUUGGUUGUUGUUAUGCAAGUGAUUGUUUUCUUAAAACAAUGUUUUUAACUUUUUCUUGUCCAUUUUUUCUUCUUAAUAUGUGUCAAGGUGGGAAACGAAUGGAAAGUAGAACUCGCAAAUUAUAAUCCGAUUCAUUAACUCGAACCAAAUUCGCAUGAAAAAUAGGAAUUUGUAUAACUCGUAAACUGAAUUACCCGAACUCAAUAAUCUGUGAUUUUUUGG